AGCGGCUCUGCCCCUCCGGGGAGAUGGGGAUCCCCUGGCAGGAUCGCCGGGGCGCCGAGGUCGAUGCUGAGCGCCGGGUUUGGAGGCGGCGUUGAGUUGCCAGGGCCGCCGCCAUGAGGCACUGCUUCUACAACGAGACCGUGGGCUUCUUCUACAACAACUCCCGCAAGGAGCUGACCACGUACUGGCGCACCAAGGACGUGCUGGUGGUGGCCCUGGGCCUGAGCGUCAGCGUCAUCGUGCUGCUGACCAACCUGCUGGUCAUCACGGCCAUCGUCAUCAACCGCCGCUUCCACUACCCCAUCUACUACCUGCUGGGCAACCUGGCGGCCGCCGACCUGUUCGCCGGCGUGGCCUACAUGUUCCUCAUGUUCCACACGGGGCCCCGCACGGCCGGGCUGUCCCUCAAGACCUGGUUCAUCCGGCAGAGCCUGCUGGACACCAGCCUGACGGCCUCGGUGGUCAACCUGCUGGCCAUCGCCGUGGAGCGGCACCAGACGGUGUUCACCAUGCAGCUGCACAGCAAGAUGUCCAACCAGCGCGUCACCGUGCUCAUCUUCUGCAUCUGGGCCACGGCGCUGCUGCUGGGGCUCAUCCCCUCCUACGGCUGGCACUGCCUGUGCGCGCUGGACCAGUGCUCCAGCAUGGCCCCCCUCUACAGCAGGAGCUACCUGACCUUCUGGGCCGUCUCCAACCUCGUCAUCUUCCUCGUCAUGGUGCUGGUCUACACCCACAUCUUCGUCUACGUCAAGAGGAAGAUGACGCGCAUGUCCAAGCACACCAGCUUCCACCCCCGCUACAGGGAGACCAUGAUCAGCCUGGUCAAGACGGUCACCAUCAUCCUCAGUGAGUCCCCCCUGGGAUCCUCAGCGGCCCGGCUGGGGG